ACGACCCCUCAACCGGCCUCACUUCGACGCGAUGCCAUCGACCGCCAACAAUCAGAUCUCUGUCGGCUCUCCAUCCGAGAGUAGGGAUAGGCAAAGUAAUGGUUCGGAGAACAAUGCCACACGGUCACCAAGGCGUCCGCGUGUAGCUCUGGCCUGCCAACGAUGCAAGAAACGAAAACAGAAAUGUGAUGGACAAACACCAACCUGCUCCAAUUGCAGGAGCUUCAAUGCAGACUGCCUAUACAUCAAACCUCCAGUUCCUCGAAGUCGUGACCCAUAUCUCAGGGCAGCAGAGGACCGGGUAGCUGAGCUGGAAGGGAUAUUGUUGAGAGAAGGUAUAUUGGAUGAAGGGCAGAGUCAAUGGCGUCAAUUGCAGGCAGCACAGCUUGUUGAUCAGCCAGAUACGAAUGAAUUGACCGUACCAGAGCCAACGCAAAGACCACCAAAACGACCAUGUAUCGAUACAUCCCAAGAUUAUAUUGAGGCCGGUGUGGAGUGGGAAGGCAACACAAGAGACAGGAAUGUCAAUGCCGUGGUGGACAUACUCAGAGAUCUUUCGUUGGAAGCCAGCGGUGGUUAUAUUGGCGCUUCAUCCAGUAUUACCAUGAGCCGAAUGGUAGGAUCCCUUGUGAAGUCCAGAGUUGAGCCUGACCUUGGACUCCGGACCGAAGAACAUCUCAGCCCAAAGUCAUCCUCCGAUGGAACAUUCGAUGGCGAUUCGGUACUAGAACUGGGGGGUAUGCCUGGGAAUAUUGCAGACAAGCUUCUCAUGGGCUAUCUGAAACAUAUAUCAACUUGAUAGCCAAUCUUGCACUCCAAUUAUAUUCGAACCCUCCAUCAUAGCCGAGAUACCCUCGUCGAUCCAUACGACAGGAGUGUCCUGCAUCUUGUCUAUGCCAGUGGAGCUCGAUUUUUGGAGACCACUGGCGAGACCGGUGCUUUCUUCCCAGACCGACACCAAUUCUGCCGGCAUGCAGUACUUGGACGAGAUGCUUCAGUAUCAUGACAUUCGUUCCAUCCAGAUUUUGAUACUAUUGGCUAUCUAUAGUCUUCGGGCACCUAAAGGACCUGGGGCAUGGUAAGUGUUUAUCAUUGCUCUUGCAACCUCAUGCUAAUUUCCGACUGCCAGGACGUACAUUGGUUUGGCAAUGAGAACUUGCAUAGACCUCGGUCUUCACCGCAAGACCCCUGUG